CACUAUAAAUUCCAUAGAUCGAAAAACUGUAUCAAAAAUCCAUUUUCAUUUGACAGGGUUGGUUGGGUUUAUGUUUUGUACAUCGGAAAAGUUGUUUUUAAUUUCACUAAAUUUAAUGUCGAAUAUAUUCGUAGAACAUUAGGAAAGUAUAUCCAAUCAAACAAUCGAUUUUUGUGUUUGUUUACUCGGUGAAACGAUGAGUUUAAUUGGCAAAAAGCUGAACCCUCAAUUGAGAAGUGAAGAAUCCGACUCGGAUAAUAUGAAAUCAAAAGGCGAAACAAAGUUCAUGACACCAGAAGAUAUUUUCAAUUUAACGAAAAUAUCGGACGAUUAUCUCUGCAGUCCGGACGCUAACAUAUACGAAAUCGAUUUUACAAGAUUCAAAAUUCGCGAUCUCGAAACAAAUGCGGUCUUGUUUGAGAUAGCCAAACAACCAAGUGAACAAUAUUCAGACGAUGGUGUUACAAGUCCAGAUGGAUUGCAAAGCGACAUUGAUCCGAAUGCGGGGAGAUACGUUCGGUAUCAAUUUACUCCGCAAUUUCUCAAAUUGAAAACAGUUGGUGCUACGGUAGAAUUUACGGUGGGACACAAGCCAGUGAACCAUUUCCGCAUGAUAGAACGGCAUUUCUUUCGUGAUCGCUUAUUGAAAACGUUCGAUUUUGAUUUUGGUUAUUGCAUUCCUCACUCCAAGAACACCUGUGAACAUAUUUACGAAUUUCCUACGCUACCGGAUGAAUUAAUUGAGGAGAUGAUAGCCAAUCCGUUCGAAACCCGAUCGGAUAGUUUUUAUUUUGUUGAGAAUCGGUUGGUCAUGCAUAACAAAGCUGAUUAUUCGUAUGACGGUGGAAUUGCAGUAUAAAUUGUAUGUUAACACACAGCCGAUCCUGCACACGCACGCUAAUGUGAACUGGGCAUUUUUCUUAAAACUAAGUUGUUUGGUUUUCUUUCAAACAAAAUUCAAUUGUUAGCUAAACUAAACUAUUCAACAAAAGACUAACGGAC